GCGCCGCGAACACCGAGCGGCACCACCACCACUCGAGGUUGUCGCCGCGGCGAGAGAUCCAUGUGCGUUCGACGUCGUCCCGCGAGACGACGACGCCGUAGUAAAGAAAAAUUAGAGACGUGUACUUACUUACAAGUGAGCGAGUGAGCAAAUCCCUGUCAUAAUAUUUUCUUCUUUCUUACAUAUUUCGGAAAACGACUUGCGUUUAUCUCUUUUCCUUUUUUUUUUUAAAUUUACAAACGUCGCAGUUAUAAAAAGAUAUAAAAAUAAAGAAAAAAAUUAAAAGGUGUCGAAGUGUGUCGCGGAACAUUAUCAUCAAGUUUUGAUGAAAAACAAAUAAACAAUAAUUUAAUAUUUACAAGGAAAGAGUUAGACAAGGAUGUCGUAUGAAUCAAGCGCGAACUGUAAAACGCGUGACUCCAACGGAGCCAAUCACGCGCGAGAACGAGACGAAGAAAAUCGGCAAUUCGUAUCUACGUCGCACUUUGUAUCAACAACGGCGAGCUUUCUUCAAGUUUUUUCAUAAAGGAAUAAAACUUACGAUCGUCAUUUAUCAACGGACGUCGAGUAACACAUCGGUGCAAGAUUUCUUUCCGGUACUUCGAUCGACCAAUCAUCGAAGAGAUUGUGGAUCGGAUCGGUCGCCAAUUGGUCGGUUCUCCUAGCCGGAUAAACUACGCCAUUUUUAUUGCUUUUACAUAAUUCGUUCGAGCGUAAUAUUUAUACCGCGCUUUUUUUUCAUGGAAGAAAAAGAAAAGAAAUAAAGCAAAUCUCGAAAUAUCAUCAAAUGUGUUUCGAAAUCUUUCCGCGGCUCUUUCGUUUCUUUUUUUAACGACGAUAGCAAAGGAAAGGACGUCUUCUUUCAUCGGUGCUUUUACAAUUUUUAUUGUCGAUCAUUCGCGAGAGAAGGGUGAUAAAAUUCGAAGCAGAAGUGUUAUCGGAACGGUUUAAUGGUGAUAUUUGCGCGAACGAAAGAAGGAUAAGAGUGCGAAUAAACGGCGAUACGAGUGAGUGAGAAAAAAGAUCGUGAAGUUUUUAUUAAAUCGGUAAAGAAUUUUUCGGUGUACUGUGCUCCUCGGAAGGCCAAUUCGUGCCGAACAAAAAUUGGUGCCAAUUUAUACUGGGACAACGUUAAGGUGUUAUCGACGGUGAUUCGGGUAAUGAGAAAGUGUGGAAGAUGGUGUGUCGUUGGCUCACCGUUCCGUUGCUCUCUGGUUUUUUGAUCUUCAUUGAAGUUAUUACGGUUGGUCAAGGUACUUUUGCUCGCGAUAAAAAAUUUGUAGAAAGUGUCACGGGGAAUCAUAACAUCAGUGGUGCUCCGAGCUUCGAUUUGAAUGUUCAACGGAACGUGACAACAGCUGUAGGACAAACGGCCUUUCUUCAUUGUCGAGUACAUCACAUGGGCGACAAGGAGGUAUCUUGGAUGCGGAAGAGAGAUAUGCAUAUCCUUAGCGCUGGAAUCCUUAUGUAUACCUCAGAUCUGAGGUUCCUAGUAAUCCAUCCGGAAAACUCUGAGAACUGGACGUUGCAGAUCAAAUCGCCUCAAGAACGAGACUCCGGGGUUUAUGAGUGCCAGGUCAGCACCGAACCAAAGAUGUCGUUGAACUACACUCUCAACGUCGUCGAGGCACGUGCCAGGAUAAAUGGAACAUCGGAUAUUUACGUCAAAACUGGAAGUCUAUUGACACUGACCUGCCUCAUGUCCCAAGGUCCUCAUCAUUUGGGAACAGUUGCUUGGUAUCGUGGCAACCAUGCUGUAGUUACGUCUCCACGAUUAGAAAACGACGUCAACGCGGAGCCACGUAUUACUGUUGAAACGGAAUGGAGCGACGCUCUUACAUCAAGAUUGAGGAUCACUCAUGCGAAAUUGAGCGACUCCGGGAAUUACAGUUGCGUACCCACUUUCGCAAAAAAAGCAAGCGUUACCGUUCAUGUUAUCAAUGGAGAGCAUCCAGCCGCGAUGCAACACGGUAACACAGCCGCGGGCUCGCCAACGUCGAAGACCGUUCUCCUUCUGCUUGUCUUUUUCUUGGGCAGACUGAGAUAAUGUGCGGGCGCAUGAACUCAGACAAGUCAAAUGAAGGCCUGAAGAAAAUUCGGCGGAAGAGCGAGAUUUUUAUGAUCGUCCGUUCCUUCUGCGAACGAUUUGAAAAAAUCGCAAGGCACGAAUUUCGAACGAAUUUUCUUUCUUUCAAAUUCGCGCCGAAACCGUCUGAGCUAUAGAACAUUAUAUAAGGAGUUACAUACGAGUUACACACUUAUCGACUUUGAGAGGACAUGAAAAUAAUAUUGAGAAUAUCGAUCGAGUUUAUUCGAAAUUGAUAGAUCGAUAAAUUGAAAGAAAUAAAAAAGAAAAAAGAAAAAAAUAGUGAAGACUGGCUAAAAAUACGCGAGAGUACCAAGUGUGCCGGUUUAUCUUCAAUCAAGUAUCGCCGAUUGAAAAGGUCAAAGUUCGAGGAGAAGAGAAAAGAGAAAAGAAGAGAAGAGAAGAGACGAGGAAAGUUCGUUCGAUGAGAUCGCGAUGGAACUUCGCGGAACGUCGUUUCUCUACAAUAAAUGUAAUUUAUAUUCGCGCACGUUCCCGCUCGUCCACUAAACGACGAACUCAUAAAUUAUUUCCCCACGAAGCCGGAUUUUAAUUUCGUCGGCGAUGGAUUGCGUAAGCGAGCGUAUGCGCAUAUAUGUACGCGAUAUUCUUAUACGUGUGAAAAAAACAUGCACGCGUAAACACAGAUAUACACACCAUAGACACGUACAAAAAAAAAAAAAAAGAGAGAGGGAGAGAGAGAGAGAAAUACGUUGUGAGAACGGAGAGAUCGAUCUAAGGAAAACACACAUUAGAUUAUAAUGACGGCUGACGGGUCCUCCGCUAUCGUAAGAGAGCUCUACGCAAAACUAUAAAUCAGAAAAGUGCAUAAUAUAGUGUCGCAUGCGCAAACUCAUAAAUCAGAUUAAACCGUGCAUAUAGUCCACGCGAGUAAGAAAAAGAAAGCGUUUGUUACAUGAGAUUAUCGAUUCGAGCGUUCUUUGCUCUACUUCAAAAUCGGAACAUAUUUCUUUUUCUCUAUUUGUUUCUUUCCUUUCUCUUUUAUUUUAUUUUCUAUUAUUUUCUUCUCUUUACUUUUUCCUUUCGCCUUCAUUUUUCUUCACCGUCUCUCUCUUCUUUCCGUGCUUCAAAACGUUCUCUUUUCACGCGGAGAAUUCGAAAGGAUCGAACGAUGACGAGGAUGGUUACGUUUUCCUUCCAGACAUAAAGAUAAAGAAAUAGAAGAAGGAAAUUAUACGAUUGCGAGUUUAUAAGAUGAUAUCUUGAAAAAUCUAUUAGACGAUAAAAUUCUUAUCUUGGAAGAGUGAACUUCUCUCUCUUUUUUUGUCUUUUCUUUUCUUUUCUUUAUUCACGGAAAACAAUGUAUCCUUUGUAAAAGCAUCGACGUGAAUUCCGUUCAUUUCUAAUGAACGUUCGACUAUGAAACAAUUACGAAGAAAAAAUGAAAGAGAAGAAGAAAUAAAAAAGGAAGAAAAAAAGGGUAAAGGUCUCAGCAACUCGAUGAAUAUAUCAAUAUAAUCACAAGGUAUUAUUAUUACGAAUGAAAAUUCUAGAUUUGUGAGAAAACUUUCGAAAUUUUAAUGCAACCAAGCUGAAUUGCGAAUCAUUUCGAGGGGGAAAAUUGGAACGCGACGGUUGUCAAUAAAUUUAUAAGCAUUCCGAUAUUGGAGAAUCGUACUCGUAUAUUGCAUGUGCAAGUACAUAUAUGUGUGCGUAUAUAUAUGUAUGCAUACACACACACGCGCGUUUAUAUACAUAUACGUAUAUCUACAAACAUAAAACUCGAUGGAUUCUACCUACAUAUUUCCUUCUUGCACGACCACAAUUUGAUCCUACCGUUGGGUUCACGAAAGAAAUGGCGAUAUAAACUCUGACAUGGAGCGGUUUAAAAUGAUUUUCUACUGGCGUACAUCUGCGCGCUUCCAUGCUGAAACGAAUGACGCACACCGAAAAUAAAUCUUUUCCAAAGAUGUUCGCCGUUUAGUAUUUCCUACAAGAAACGAACUUACGACACUUACAUUGACUCAAAAGAAGAUCGAUUUUACUCUUUUGCAUACGUAUCAAUGUUGACCCAGUUAUUAGAAAUAUGUUUUAUCCUUUUUUCGAGCAUAUAUAACAAAUUUUUUCAAUAAUGAUAAUACAAAAGAGAAAUAUACAACUUGAUGUCGGAUUUAUCUUUUCCCAAAAUCAUAUAUUUUUAUCUAUAAGUUGAGAUAUUUAUGAUGCUUUUGACAGAUAGAAUAUUAAAAUACGAUCGAAACAACGAUAUAUAAGAUUUUAAAAGACUAUAAAAGAACGUACUUUCCGAUCAUUGAAAAUCGUCAGAGCACUUUUUGCAUAGGAAAAGUUUUUUAUCGAUUAUCCUUUUUCUUCGAAAAAGUGGAAAAGAUAUUCAAAUUUUCGAUUAAUUUUCUCCAAGAAUAUGAUUAACGCUCUUUCAAACUGCUUCAAAAGUACGCUAAGUAAUAAAUCUAGUUUCACUCGGGAUAUCUCGGCCGUAUCCUCGUAACAAAAAUGAAGAAAAAUAAUUUUCUCACGUUUGAUGGAAAGCGAUAAAUAUUUGAGUGUUUUACAUUAAAAUCGUAUAUCUAGUUUACUUCAAACAUCCAUUUUCGUACACGUAAAAAUAAUGCUUCUUUAAUUCGCCACUCAGGAAAUAAAAUAGAUAGUUCAAUUUCGUAUGGAGCCAAUACUGUCGAUCGCAUAUCGUAAAAAACAAAAGUAAUUCCUGAUGGAUAUAGAAAAUCGAUGUGUAUAUAAGGUCACAUCAUGUCAAAUGCGUAUCAAUGUUACAUUUAUUAUCAUAAAGGUAUCUCUAAAGAUUCUAAAUAAAAUUUUUAUAUUUCUUUACGAAGUUAUUUUUAACGAACUCAUCGACUUUCAAAUUUCUAUUCCAUCUUUAUUCGUUUCGACUUUCUUUCCAAUUUUUUACGAUUCGAGGAUAUGACAUUAAAGAUAUUUCCGGGUUUCGUAAAAUAUCUCGAAUGAUUGUAUGAUAAGCAUUUGCCGGCUUAUAUCGAAACGAUAUUUCCUCGAAACGAUUUUCCUAGGGAGACCAAAUUUCGAAAGAAACUACUAAAAAUUUUUCAGAGUCUUGAUUCCUUGAAUUUUCUCUUAAAUAUAUACACCCUAUCCGUGAACGUGAUUUUGUUGCCCUUACCCUAGAUUCGAGCUGAAUAUUAAGUAAAGAAAAAAGAAAAAAAAAAGAAAAGGAAAAGAAACGCAAAAGAAAAGAUCAUAUUGAGAAAUUCGUUGUUCGACGCAGAAACAAAUGAUUUUUUUUAUUAAUUACCGUUACAACUAAUUUAGCCAUCCGAGAUAAUGUUAUGUUAAGAAACGAGAAUUCCUCGCCACUAAACGUACUUUUUAUGAUUUCGUAUUUUAAUAAAAGAGAGCGAUGACAAAAUUAACUCGUUCAUUAAGUUUAUGCUCGUAAAGUAAAAACUAUCGUUUCCACGCCGGAACAAAAACAAACAUAAAUUUUACAAUGACUGGUUAGAAUAUUUUUGACAAUUCAUAUUCUUGGUGAAAAUGCAUGAUACGAAGAAUCCAAAGAAAAUCAAAGUAUAGUCAAGGAUCGAACGUAAUAAAACAAACAAAGAAUGGGAAUUAAUUUUCUUGUCGAUGCUUUUACAUUUUCUCGGAAAUGGAAAACGUAUGUAUUUCCGUCCCGUCGUCGGUUAAUCAUCGUUUUCAUGAAUAGAACGAAGAAAAGGAAACGGCAAUUUUCUAUGGCUUGAUCCUUGAAAAUUUUAAUCGUGCAUUUCAACGCGAAACGAACUGUAUGUUAUAUUUGCUUGAUCGAAUGAAAGACUGCGUUUAUCAGGGAGAAUGAGAGAGAGAGAAUGAAACGAAGAAAAAUAGCUGUGUCCUCUCUACACUGACCAUAGAGCGAGAGAGAGAGAGAAAGAGUGAGAGUAAGAGUGAAAGUGAGAGUGAGAGAAAGUAAGAGAGAAUGAGAGAGAAUGAGUGAAUGAUUCGAAAAAAAAAAUGUUAAGUGUAAACUGAGUGUGUCAAAAAGUAUAAAUUAAGGUUAAAAAAAAAAGAAAGAAAAAAGAAAAAAAGGAACAAAGAAGACGACGACAAACGGAGAUAUCGACGUUGGAGUAGGUAGAAUACAAUUAUCCCUUCAGAAUACUUUCUACUACGGUAUAAGUGUUAAAUGAAAUUAACGAAAAAAAAAAAACGUAAAAAAUAAAAAAGAAAAAACAGAAAAAAAGAACAGGUAAAACAGUAGGAAAG